GUUUAGUUGCAUUUACAUUCAAUCGGUCGAGGAGUCACACGAUGAGCGCGAGCAUCAUCGGCGUCCAAGUUGGCGCAAAGCUGCUUGAGAUCGCCUACGACAUGAAGAUGACGAUCGUACUGCUGGCUGCCAUUGGAUAUAUAGGCUACCGCGCAUCCACCGCCAACCAGAUCCCUGCAAAACAGAUCCGAGCAGCGACCCUCGCCAGCGAACGGGUAUCCCUGGAGCUCCUUCGCGACGAGGAGUCCACCAAGCUGCUUCUAGUAUCAACAUUGUCCAAGUCGGCAUCUCCUCUGAAUGUCCGACGAAAGAAAAAGAAGUCAAACAAGCAGACGAGUGAGGCUGCCUCUACUCGAGUCAUCAUCCCUGCUACACAGACGACGACCCCAACCCGAACACUAUCUGAGAUCGUCGGGGCAGAGGACGAUGUCGAGGCGCAACUGGACACAGUUGAUAUUCCUGUGGUGCCGCCUGCUGUUGUAUCGGACGACGUGGAUGUGAUUUUGGUAGAAGCCCCCGUGCCUCGCGUGGAUGACGUGCCUGAGCAAGUUGUAAAACCCUCCAAGGCACCGCCAGCGAAACCAUCCAACAAGAAAAAAGCAAAGCCGUCGGGAGGACUCUCCAAGGACGUGCCGGAGAUUGACUGGCUGGACGUCGUGCGCCUGCCGACCAAAUCGUCACCUAGCUCGACCGCGUCCACGACCUCGUCGUCAUCUUCGUCCCAAGCCCGUCGCUCUCUGUCUCCCGUCAAAUCUUUGUCCAUGUCUCCUUCGCAGUUCAACCUUCCAAACACGAUGGCCGCAUUGUCCAUCAACACGACCAUGAGCCAUCACCAUCCUUCAUUCGCUGCCAGUCCAGUCCCCGUGACCACGAAACCAUUGCUGUCUCGCUCCCGCUCGUCCGUCGCCGACGGCCGAAGUUGGCGCGAUGCCCUCGGUCCGCUGUGUCCGGCGCCAAUCUCUCUCCCCGCGCUCACCAAGACCGUGUCGCUGGGUGCUGCUAUCACGAUAUACCCUCCGUUGCCCAAGGACCCGCCGCCGCCUCUUUCGCUGGCGCCCAGUGAACUGGCCCAGAUCGUCCAGCAAAUCGAAUUCUACUUCAGCGACGCCAACUUGCAACGCGACCUGUUCCUGCGCAACCGGAUGGACGCCCAAGGGUUCGUGUACCUGAACGUCGUGCUCAACUUCAACCGGGUCAAAGCGAUCACGCAGUUCCAGAAGAUGGCCGUGGACUUGCCAAGUCUCAUUCGCGCGUUGGAGCAGGCACCACGGCUCACAGUGCAAUGCAAACGACUGGCGUCGGGAGCGAUCGACCCCGAGUUUGCGCGGCUGGCCAAGAUCCGCCCCGCGACCGACUGGGCGGCAUGGGUGCCAUCAAACCCGCUGCCGUCGAACCAUCCGUUCGAACUGCAUGCCAACAUGGCGCAGCUGCGGCGGUCGUGUUCGGCGAGCGGGUUUGCGCAGACCGCAUGACCUCCCUUAACUUUAACGUCGUUUUUUUUUUCCA